AUGGCAGGGAUCGAACUCCUAUACAAACCUACAGGCAGAUCAGUCAUCGACCUGAGGAGCAAUAUUGCCAACGACCUCCGGCAACGGUCUAUCGCAAAAAGACUUGACGGUAAUCGUAAAAACUCUAACCGCGAAAAUCGCUGCACCGAUAAUAACAACCGUGCGGGGUGGCCACCGUUAAAAACAAGCGAACUAAGAUCUAUCCCAUCUAGUGAGCUCGUUUAUUCGCGCAUCGAUGAAAGCGUUUGCAAUGCGAAAAACACACUGAAGUCUUUGAAAGUACCAGACGUAGAUGUCGAGAACGCUAGGCAAGAGUACAUACAAAAGGUUGGUAGAGAUUACUCCACUGUAGGACUGACCUCUUAUAUCCUUGCACAAAAGGACGCAAAGGAGUUCAGAGAACGAUGUUACCAUAUACUAUCGAAGCGUGUCAAAAAUUCCUCCCCAGAAGGGGGAUUUGACACUUCUGAGGCGCCUUUCUUCACCAACCGUACAACGCAGAAUGGACGGCAUAGGACGCCAGACGAUGUGUUGCUCAGCAGCUUCGGUAAAAACGACCAUAUGGCAGACUUUGAAUGCAUGGAUAACCUCUUCUCAUCUCCGGCAAAAGCCAAUAGGGGAGAUGCCAUCAAUGUUACUAGCCCAUUUGCGACACAAGCUCAAUGGAGCGAAAAUGCCAGAUCAAUGCUAAGCGAAGAGCGGGAAUCGGACCAUGGAUUCACCAUAGGGCAGAUGAGAGACAGUGACUAUGAUCAUGCAGACGAUUUUAAUUUCAAAAGGGUGCUUAGAUCACCGGCCCAGCGAAGUAACGCGCCUCCGGCAUCGACACCAGAAAAGGCGUCAGCAGACUCGCAACAAAGCAGGUUAAGAAUCGUAGAGGAGUUACUGGAGGAAAACAGGCAUAACAUACCUGAAGAACUAGAUCUCAAGACUUUGGGAUAUGCGGAGAAACGUAAACUUCUGAGGCAACUCGGAUUCGGCGAUGAUUAUAUCGCCAACAGACUAUGUGACCGCUAUACUGGCUCGCAAAAACGCAAGAAUAAGAAACUGACGCCACUUGAAGCUUUCAAUAUGUACGAUAGGCAAGACAUGAACGAAUCCAUGCAGGUGCACAAGGAUCUCAGUGUGGAGUUUUCUCGGUAUGUGAAGAGUACCGAACCAUCUUCCGUGACAACUAGACCGAAUGUGACACCAGCAGACCUAUAG